AUGCCCUCUCGUUCGUUGAACGUCCUAAUCGUAGGUGCCGGCAUUGGCGGGUUGCAGGCUGCCCUUGCUUUAGCGACGGACGGUCAUCAGAUUACAGUGUUCGAGUCUGCCAAAGCAUUUGAGAAUGGAGGAGCGGGAAUUCGUGUACCACCCAGCUCUUCCAAGCUGAGCCGGGCAUGGGGCGUAGAUUUCAGCCAAGUGAAGAAGGAAGUCUCACGAGGCAAUCGUUUCAUCGACUGGAAAGGCAAGCACCUCUUAGAUGUCCCGCUGGAUGAUGUGCAAGACUGCUACGGCUCGCCUUACUACUUCAUCCAUCGAGCAGACCUCGUAGAUCUUCUGGUCAAAACCGCUGAACAGAAGCCGAAUAUAACAAUUCGACUGAACUCUCGAGUGGUCUCGUAUAACUUUGAGGAACCUUCAUUUGAACUCGGAUCUGGGGAAUUAGUCUCUGGCGAUGUCAUCAUAGUCGCGGACGGCAUCAAGUCUUCAGUCAGAGACAUUAUCAACGGCCGACCACUUGCGCCGCAAGAUACGGGCGAUGUAGCAUACCGCAUCCUAGUGCCAGCUCAGCCGCUGCUGGACGAUCCCGAAAUGGCACACCUUAUAAAGAGCCCGUGGGCGGUACACUGGAUGGGUCCUGAAGGCCAUGCUGUUGGCUACCCACUCCAAGAGGGUGAGAUGUACAACAUAAUCAUUGAUGUGACGCAUGCAUCCGACUUGGAUGACCCCAUCUCAAACGAUGAGCAGAUCUGGAAGAGUGCUCGCAGUAAUGCCGAGUUGGUCGAGCGCUUUAAAGAUUGGUAUCCUGAAGUGCGCCGCUUGUGCGCGAUGACUGGAGACUACCUCAAAUGGAAGCUGGCCGAUUUUGAUCAGCUCGACAAUUGGGUGCAUCCGAGUGGCAAGGCGGCGCUCUUUGGUGAUGCAUGCCGUCCAAUGAUGCCAUACAUGGCACAAGGAGCAGCUCAAGCGACCGAAGACGCCGCGACCCUCGCAGCUGCGCUGAGACAUUGCGACACUAUACCUGAGGCAUUGAAAACGUACGAAGCACAAAGAAAGCCUAGGACGACUUACAUUGCUCGCAACACCCGAGUGCUUCAGGACUGGCUACACGUUUACGAUGGGCCUGCGAGAGACCGCAGGGAUGAGAUGAUGCGGUCUGAUAAUGAGAACAAUCCAAUCUUCUGGGGCUGUUCGGAAAGGAAAGACUGGCUCUUUGGGCAUGAUGCAUCGCAAAUUCAUGAGGAAAUUCGAGUGCCGAAUCUACCGCCUCGGCCUUCAAAAGAGGCUUCGGUUUAUCGUAUGGCGAACUUGUAG